CCCAGAUUCAGAUAAAAGUUUUCUACAGGCAAACAGUGCUUAAUUUUGGAUUUCGGUCACGGUAUAGUUUAGAUUACAUCAUUUGAGUGUUUUCCCAGAAAAGUCUCAACUUUAAAGCAUCCAGCUAUGAUGACUCCAGAAGAAGGCGAAAAUCUAAUGCCAAAGAUGUCGCACUCUGUGACAGUCACGAGGACCACAACAACUUCCUCAGCUACGGCGAUUAUUUUGAACACAGGGUUUCUAAAAACGCCUUCUGGAAUAUUGAAAUUUUUCGAAACUAUAAUCGGAGCAAUAUGCCUGAGCUUGAUCGCUUAUUAUUCAGUACACAGCAAAAUUUUCAGUGGAGAUCCGGAGCAUACCCUGUUCUUCCUUGUAACAUUUGCUUUCUUGGUGACAACGUUUCUCAUGCUUAUUUCUUCAUUGCUGUCCCUGAUGGUUGCGAGCAUAUUGUCAAAGACUCUGUUUGAGUUUCUUUACCAUAUUUUCGCGUUCAUCUUCUACAUCAGUGCCAGCUUGGCUCUUCUCACCACUCUCACCAACAGGUAUUACAGGGGUCACUACUACGAGGGAAAGAUGGCGGCUGCAGUCUUGGGUAUUGUCAAUGCUGUCUUGUACUUGUUGAGUGCUUUCUUCUCCUUCCGUACUUACAGAUUGGGCUAAAAAGAAGUUGCAUUGAUCAAAGCCGGCAAAGAUUCUUAUUAACAUCAUUUUUUUUGUAUUUAAAAUAUUUCAUUUUAUCUUCAAGAAUUCUUUUUUAAUAUUUGAUAGCCUGGCUGACUUUAAAUUAGAUGAUUUUCUCAUAUUCAUAGUUCAACCAAUUUCUUUUUGGUUGGACUAUUUCUAAAUAAUAAUUAUUGAAAAAACAAAACUUUUAAACUGAUUUACAUAAAAAAUAUUUUUAUUGUAACUCGCAUUGUAUAAAUAUUAAUGCUUUUCAAAUAAAAUACUUGAAAAUACUUUUCGGGAUAUUCUGAAAUUUUUUUUAAAUCUUUGCUUAAAUUUUUGAAAAGUCAUUUCGACUAAUAUACAUUUUCUGAAUUUUUUAAUGUAUCGCAUAUUAAAACUCUAAUAACACAAAAGGUUAAGAUUCAGAUUUAGAUAGUUUUUCAUGUAUAAUGCAUAUAUAUAUAUAUAAUGCAUUUAUAAAUUAUUAUGAUAAGAGUUAUAUAGAAAAAAAAUAUUUUCAAUUUUCUUCCUUGUCAAACAAGAGUUAAAAUAAAAUAUGUGAUUUUAUACUAUCAAUUUUAGAACUAAGUUUUUUUAAUUUAUUUAUGCAAUAGUAUAUAAAAAAUAGUUACACUGAAAUCAGUUGUUUCAUUCAUAUUUAAAAGACGUGCAAAUGGUAAAAUUUAUCUAAAUUUUUGUCAGUUUUUAAUAUUUUAUAAUAUAGAUGAUUCACAUGCUGCGAUUUUCUUACAAAAAUUGACUUGAUAAAAUGUAUGAUCUUUUAACAAUCAUCCUGAUAUCCAAAAGAAUACGAAGAGCUUUUUUUGAAAAUCACAUCAUUUAAUUAAAUUGGGAUGAAAUUCAUACACUUUUCUAUGUAGAUUUAGUCUUUUUUUAUGUAUUUCUGCUCUCAUUGUACUUAUUUACUUUUCAUACAAAAAGCU